AGAGGAGGAGCAGAGAGGAAAGGAGGAGGAGAAAGAGGAGGAGGAUGUAGGAUGGAGCUGACUUGCAUGGGAUGCUGAUGCUGUUGCAUGCUGCCUCCAUCCCUCUCUCUCUCUCUCUCCCUCACCCAUGGUUUGGAGGAGGAAGAAGAAAAAGAAGAAGAAGAAGAAGAAGAAGAAGAAGAAGAAGAAAAAAACAAGGAGUGGUUGUGUGAUUCCCGCUUAGCUCACGAGACAGAAAGAAACGGCACGAGGGUGGAGGAAGAGGAGGAGGAAGAGUAGGAAGAGGAGGAAGAAGGGGGGGAGGGCGUUACCCCCCAACACCCCCCAGCACUUCAGCAUGGAUCCAAUGUGGAGACAAACGGAGCGGCUUCUCUCCGACCGAGCGCAGAUGUGGACAGUGAGUGCGCUCAGCCUGGGAGCUGCUGUGGCCUUGUCCCUCAGUGCGGAACUGCUGUGCAGAUAUCUGCAUCGCUCCAAACGGCCGAGAACCCUAAAUGAAGUUAUUUUCUUCCCUUCAAAGGUGGCCUGCGUGGAGCACGUCUUCUCUCCUGCUUCUCCUCACUCCACUCACUGCCCAUUGCCUCAUGGCGUAGAGACUUCCUUCUCCCGUCUCCUGCGCUUCAUCCUGUCAGCUUCCUCCUCCCUCGAUUUAUGUGUGUUUUCUUUUUCUAACAUGGACCUGAGCAGGGCUGUCCUAGAACUGCACAGAAGGAGAAUAACCGUAAGAAUCCUGGUUGACAAGCAUUAUUCCGUCAUCAACGGCUCCCAAAUAGGAGCCCUUCGCAAGGCGGGGAUCUGCGUGCGCAACGUGGGCCGCUAUGUGCACAUGCAUCACAAGUUUGCUGUGGUGGACAACCGGCUACUCAUCACAGGCUCCCUCAACUGGACACUGGCAGCAGUGCAGAGCAACUCUGAGAACAUCAUCAUCACAGAGGAGCCCGCCCUGGUCCGGCCCUACAUAAGGGAGUUCAGUAGGUUAUGGGCGGACAAUGAUCCAUCUGAGAAUCCACCCUCAACUGCCCAAACUCUGGAUUGUAUAGAUUAGAUUGAAUAGCACUAAGCAUAAAUGCAACAAGCCUUUCAGACCCUUCUAGUCAGCAGUUCAAAUUAAGAAGAGGUUACUUUGAGUUUUGAAAGAAACGUUGGGUUGUAUUUGUGGUGUUACGUUGAGUUUUAAAGAAGUUGGGCCACUUGGACUGAUGUGUGAAUGUUACGAGACAAACAUUUAUACCAAAAAUGUUUGAUAUUUUCAUAUAUUGAUUGUUGUACUUGUUUUUGGUACAUGUUUUGUUUUAGGCUCGUUUAAAUUUUUUUUUACUUUUUCCAUUGCAGACAGGGGCAAAAAGUAUUUAGUCAGCGACCGAUUGUGCAAGUUCUCCCACUUAAAAUGAUGACAGAGGUCUGUAAUU